AUGGCCGCUCCCGCUGAGAAGACGCUCAAGGAUCUCACUGGCAAGUGGGUCAUGAACAAGGUUUUGAGCGACAGCACCGACGAUGUCCUCACGCUUCAAGGCGUCGGCUGGCUCAAGCGCAAAGUGAUCGCCAACGCGACGGUCACGCUGCACGUCAAGCACUACCACGCCGACGACGGCGUCGAGCACGUCGAUAUCAAACAGACUGUCUCCCCGGGCGGGUUCAACGGUACGACCGAGGACCGCACGCUCGACUGGACGCUCCGCCCGCACGAUGACGACUUGUUCGGCCCGCUCAAGGGCAAGUCGCGCAGGGUCAAGCUCGAAGAGGUCGAGAUCCCGUUCUUGAAGGAGGGGUGGUUGCCGGAGGUCGUUGAGACUAUUGAGGCCUAUGCUUCGAGUGACACGGAGAAGAGCGGGACGAGCUGGACCGCUAACCAGACUUGGGGUUUCGAGGAGAUUGAUGGCGUCAGGCGCUAUGUUCGCCACCUCGACUUCAUCGGUCCCAAGGGCCAGCAUCUCCAGAAGAAGCUCGUCUACGACUACAUCGGCGCCAACGACCUCGAGUAG